ACCACCACUCACACCCGUCACCUACCUGUACCUCCUCCUCUCCCUCCUCCACCGCCGUUGCGAGGACAUCCUUUCCGCUCGUUUCACACCGCCGCUACUCUACGCUUCGCCUCGCUUCGCCACGCCACGCCGUGUCACUUUGCGCGCGGUCGUUACUGCCUCUUGCCCGGUCAACACGAGUGCCAGGUCGCUCCGCCACCUCCGUGAGCCACUCGCAUAACCACGACUACACCGCGGCGAGCUUGUCGAGAGUCGAUCUCACCGAAAGCGACUCUGCAUUGCGGUCUUCGUGCGCCUUUUCACGCUUCUGGCCAGAGUGGCCACCAUCUCCUUGAGGCGUCAGCACCACAAACACCGCCAUUAUGAAGGUCACGGCGGCUUUCAGCGCUCUGCUGGCAGCGCGCUCCGCGGCCGGUAUUAGCCUCGAUUUGAACGAUCCAAACAGCAUCAAAAGCGCGGCGCGGACAUGCGCAGAUGGCAUGUUGAGUUUCUACAAGGGCAAUCUCACAGGAGGAAUUCCAGGUCUGCUACCUGGACCGUACUACUGGUGGGAGGCCGGAGCCAUGUUUGGCGCCAUGGUCGAUUACUGGUAUUAUACUGGAGACACCACAUACAACGACGUUACGACCGAGGCACUGCUGUUCCAGGUCGGACCUGAUGAGAACUACAUGCCUCCCAACCAGUCAAAGUCGUUGGGUAACGAUGACCAGGCUUUCUGGGGAAUGGCAGCCAUGUCAGCUGCGGAAGCCAACUUUCCCAAUCCUCCACCAGAUAAACCACAGUGGCUGUCGCUAGCCCUCGCGGUCUGGAAUUCACAGUCUGUUCGAUGGGACACGACGUCCUGUGCAGGUGGACUCAAGUGGCAGAUCUUCACCUUCAACAAUGGUUACAACUACAAAAACUCCAUCUCUAAUGGCUGCUACUUCAACCUUGCGGCGCGUCUGGCACUGUAUACAGGAAAUACCACCUAUGCUGAUGAGGCCAAUAAGAUGUGGGACUGGGUCCGCUCGGUCGGCCUGAUCAGCGACGAAUACUUUGUUUACGACGGUACUGAUGAUACACUCAACUGCACCGAGCUGAACCACAUUCAGUGGUCCUACAACGCCGGUGUCUUCCUCUAUGGCGCAGCUACCAUGUGGAAUAUUACGCAAGGAACGCCCGAUCAAGACAAGUGGCGCCAACGGACCCAAGGCAUGUUUGAUGGCGCCGCAAAGAUCUUCUUCCAGAACAACGUCAUGUAUGAAGUAGCUUGCGAGCCCUCGGGAAACUGCAACAUUGAUCAACAGUCCUUCAAAGCCUAUCUCUCCCGUUGGAUGGCGGCUUCGACCAAGGUCGCUCCCUGGCUUCACGAUUCGAUCAUACCGCUCCUUUCAAGCUCAGCCACGGCAGCUGCGAAGUCUUGCACAGGCGGAGCAGGUGGAGUGUUUUGUGGCACAAAAUGGACAGAAGGUACCUUUGAUGGUGCCAUGGGAGUCGGUCAACAGAUGAAUGCGCUCGAAGUCAUUCAGAGCAACCUGAUUGACUCUGUCCAAGGUCCUCUUGGAAACAAGACUGGUGCUUCGUCCGUCGCUGCUAAUCCCGACGUCGGACUCGGCGGAGACAAGGACCCACUUGCGCCUCCCAGUGCUAUUACCACGGCGGAUCGCGCGGGCGCUGGUAUUGUGUCGGCUUUGGUAAUCGUUGGCCUGCUCGGUGGUGCUUGGUGGAUGGUAGCAUAAUUUUUGGAGAGUGGGGUAUUAGGACCGACCGCAUAAUGGUAAUGUCAUUGGUAAAUUGCCCAAUGGCACAAUUGGCACAAACUUGAACAUGAUCAUGGAAAGCCACAUAGGGGGGGGUGAGGGGAGAGAGAUGGGGCGUUUUGUAGGGGACAGGAUUUUUUCCAAAGGAACAUCGACGGACAGGUGUGUACACUACUACAUGCUUUUGCAAUGACGAAAGAAAUACGACUUGUGUGUGUUGUGUGUGUGCGUGUGUGCAUUACAUGUACAUGUACCUCCAUAUAUACAGUGGGUUUAUAUGGAGCGCGG